UGUUUUGCAGAGUCUCACCAAGUCCUUGCUCAGCUGCUGGACACCCUCUUGGUGAUUGGCACAAAACUCACAGAGAAUCCAUCGGUCAGGAUGAGACUGGUGGAAGUAGCCUGCAAGCAUCUGACAGAUUCUUCUCACGGCGUAAGAAAUAAGUGUCUUCAAUUAAUUGGUUGUCUUGGUCCCGUGGAAAAAGGUGUUGCAAAAGAAGCUGAAAGCCAGGCUGCCAAAGAUGUCCAGAAGAUAAUAGGAGAUCAUUUUAAUGACCAGGACCCUCGUGUAAGGACUGCAGCUAUAAAAGCCAUGUUGCAGCUUCACGAAAGAGGAUUAAAAUUACAUCAGGCAAUUUACAGUCAGGCCUGCAAGCUCUUGGCAGACGAUUACGAGCAAGUGCGCAGCGCUGCAGUCCAGCUGAUUUGGGUCCUCAGUCAACUUUACCCUGAAAGCAUCGUCCCGAUUCCUUCUUCUAACGAAGAAAUACGCUUGGUUGACGAUGCGUUUGGAAAAAUCUGCCACAUGGUGAGCGACGGCUCCUGGGUUGUCAGAGUACAAGCUGCUAAGUUAUUGGGUUCUAUGCAACAAGUUAGCUCCCAUUUCUUAGAGCAGACCCUUGACAAGAAGCUGAUGUCAGAUCUGAGGAGGAAGCGCACGGCGCAUGAGAGAGCCAAAGAGCUCUACAGCUCUGGGGAGUUUUCAAGUGGCAGAAAAUGGGGAGAUGAUGCUCCCAAAGAAGAAAUCGAUACGGGUGCCGUAAACUUGAUCGAAUCGGGAGCUUGUGGGGCCUUUGUUCACGGCCUGGAAGAUGAGAUGUAUGAGGUGCGGAUCGCUGCGGUUGAAGCCCUCUGCAUGUUGGCUCAGUCCUCGCCUUCUUUUGCGGAGAAAUGCCUGGAUUUUUUGGUUGACAUGUUCAACGAUGAAAUCGAGGAGGUGAGGUUGCAGUCCAUACACACGAUGAGAAAAAUUUCCAACAACAUCACGCUGAGGGAAGACCAGCUGGAUACUGUGUUAGCUGUCUUGGAGGAUUCUUCGAGGGACAUUCGGGAAGCCCUUCAUGAGCUGUUGUGUUGCACCAACGUCUCAACUAAAGAAGGCAUCCAUCUUGCACUGGUGGAGCUGCUGAAAAACCUAACCAAGUAUCCUACGGACAGAGAAUCCAUAUGGAAAUGCUUGAAAUUCUUGGGAAGCAGGCAUCCCACUUUGGUGCUUCCGUUAGUCCCGGAGCUGCUGAGCACACAUCCGUUCUUUGACACUCCGGAACCAGACAUGGAUGACCCAGCCUAUAUUGCUGUUCUGGUCCUGAUUUUUAACGCUGCCAAGAGUUGCCCGACGAUGCCUGCCCUCUUCUCUGAUCACACCUUCAGGCAUUACGCUUAUCUUCGGGACAGUCUCUCUCAUCUGGUCCCUCCCUUAAGGUUGCCAGGUAGAAAGCUGCUGUCCUCCCCUGUCUCUCCCAGUGUUACCCCACACGAAGAUCCUUCCCAACAGUUCUUGCAUCAGAGCCUGGAGAGGGUUUACAACCUUCAGCACCUUGACCCACAGGGCAUCCAGGAGCUGCUGGAAUUUACCAUCCGUGACCUUCAGAGGCUCGGGGAGCUGCAGUCAGAGCUGGCCGGGAUGGCGGAUUUCACUGCGACGUACCUUCAGUGUCAGCUGCUCCUCAUCAAGGCCUUGCAGGAGAAGCUGUGGAACGUGGCAGCUCCUCUGUACCUGAAACAGAACGCGUUGGCAUCUGCUGCAGCAAAACAGAUCUUGGAGGAAACGUAUAAGAUGGAGUUCAUGUACAGCGGCGUGGAGAGCAGACAAGUGGUCAUUAUUCACCACAUGAGGCUCCAGGCGAAGGCGUUACAGCUCAUCGUGACUGCCCGGACCACGAGAGGAGUGGAACCGCUGUUCGGGAUGUGUGAAAAAUUCCUACAAGAAGUGGAUUCCUUUCAGAGGUGUUUCAUCUCUGAGCUCCCACAUAUGCAAGGCAGUUUUGUAGAUAAAUUGCUGGACUUAAUGCCCAGACUGGUGACAUCCAAGCCUUCAGAAGUGGUCAAGAUUCUUCAGACAACGCUGCGACAAAGCACCUUCCUCCACCUUCCUCUUCCAGAGCAGCUCCACAGAGCUACUGCCAACAUCAUUGAACCCACCGGUGAAUCUGAUAAUCCUCUGAGGUUCACGUCAGGGUUGGUGGUGGCUCUGGAUGUUGAUGCAACACUGGAACACGUGCAGGAUCCCCAAGGAACCGUUAAAGUCCAGGUGUUGUAUCCAGAUGGACAAGCGCAGAUAAUCCAUCCCAAACCAGCUGACUUCCGAAAUCCUGGUCCUGGAAGGCACAGGCUGAUAACACAGGUUUAUCUCUCACACACAGCCUGGACAGCACUUCCAUGGCGUUGUUCGUUCAUCCUGUGAUCUUUGUUUGGUUUUGGAGGAUUAAAAAUGGUGUCGAUUCGACGACUGGAAGAAUUUAAAGGUUCAUCCUGUACCAGAGGGAGCUGAAUCAACUCCUUAUUUCUGCUUCCGCAGCGCUGGCUGGAAGGGCAUUUUAAGU